GAGCCCGUUGAGCCAAGCUGAGCCGUGCCGUGCCCACCCGACCCGAUCUUACCCUAUCCUACCCUACCCUACUCUACUCUACCCUACCCGCUCCGAGCUCAGCCGAACCGAGCCGGUCCGUGCAGCGCCGAGCCGUGCCAAGCCAAGCCGAGCCGUGCCUGUCGCCAUGGCCGAUGAGCUCGGUGACCUGCUGCGAGAGUUUGAGGAGGUGAUGGAGGACUUUGAGAGGGGCCCUGCGUGUCAGUAUGAGCAGCACCUGGAGGAGCUGAAGAAGAAAGCAGGUCACAGUGUCUACGACAGUGGCAUCGACGAGCUGGAGAGUACCAGCACAUCCCCAGGCAGCAGUCUCAACUCCAGUGAAGAGGACCUCAACACCCCUGCCAAUGCCUACCCCACCAAAGCCAAGCUUGGAGACACGCAGGAGCUGGAGGAGUUCAUUGCAGACCUGGAUAAAGUCCUGGAGGAGAUGUGAGAGGUGUUCCUGGUGGGGAGCUUGCAGAGGAGGACCCACAGCAGACCAGCCCCGUGCCAACCCGCUGCACCUUCUGCUUCUGCAUCCCUGCCACCCUGCGUGGGUGACAGCUCUGCCUGUGCCACCCUGCGUGGGUGACAGCCCUCCUGUGCCACCCUGCUCCACAGCAGGGAUGGGGCCAGCAGUGGGGUGGCCAACAGGACUGUGAUGGUGGCCAGACCUCGCUCUGCUCCAGGACUCUGCCAGCAUGAGAUGGGACAAUGCCCAGCACUGUGCCAGCUCCCAAGAGGGAAAACUGGCUCAAUCCCAAGCCAAACCAUUUCUUGUGGAGGGCACCAGGCUCACUGCACUCACUGAGUGGGUUUUGGGGGGCAGGGGUCUGUGCCACUGGUGAAGCCCCAGCUCUGGGUGGUUUGAGGGAAGAUCAGCAAGACCUUGGUGUCCUCUCCUGGGUCGGUAAAACCUCUUCCCUCCCUGCAGGGGGUGCCAACUGCUGCUGCCCCUGCUUGGCAUGGGAAGCCUCAGAUUUGGCACCCCCAGCACCCCUAAAUCUGCUG